CCCCAUCUUUGAGCUCCCCAAUCCACCAAAAAUCCUACAAAGCUCCGAACCAUAAUGAUUCAAACCCGAAAAAUGUCCAACCACCACCACUCCUCUUCUUUCCCUUCUUGCUUCCGCCCCAAUUCCACCACCUCCGCCGCCUCUAACCACCGCUCCGCGGCGGCGGCCCACUGUUCGGGCAACAAUCCCAACCUCACCACCUGUCUCUACCACACCCACUUGGGCCUCUUCGCCCUCACCUGGUCCCGCAACCUCCUCGGCAGCUCCCUCCACCUCCACCUCCUCCUCCAGCCACCACACUCCGCCGCGGAUGACGACCACAACCUCUCUCUUCCUUCUCUUCCUUCUCUCCCUACCCCUUCUUUCCAUCUCCAAAUCAAACCCUUCUUUUUCUGGACCAAACAGGGCUCCAAAAAGCUCAAUCUCACCACCGACACAACCCAAAACAUCCAAAUCUUCUGGGAUCUCUCGAAAGCCAAAUUCGGGUCCGGACCGGAACCCCAAUCCGGAUUCUACAUCGCCGUCGUCGUCUCCGGCGAAAUGACCCUCCUCGUCGGCGACUCCCCCAACGAAGCUUACUACAAAAUCAGAGCUAAAAAGCCCGAAAAGCCCCAAAAUAUGGUCCUGAGAAGAGAACAUGUGUACGGAAACAAACUCUACACCACAAAAGCGAACUUUGGAGGCAAAACCAGAGAAAUCUCCAUAGAUUGCAGAGUAAAUGACGAUCCGAGACUCUGUUUCAGCAUUGAUCACAACAGGGUUUUGCAGAUUAAGCAUCUAAAGUGGAAAUUCAGAGGCAAUGAGAGGAUCGAAGCUGAUGGGGUCCACAUACAGGUCUCAUGGGAUGUGUAUAACUGGCUCUUUGAGGAAGACGAUCAAGAUGGGUAUGCUCUGUUCAUGUUCAGAUUUGAGAAAACAGGGCUCGAUGAAGAUGUUGAAGAUGAUGAUUAUGAGAUGAACCAUUUGAAAGAGAAGAAUGGGAUGGCCUUGUGGUCACACCAGUCAUGUGGGUUUGGGUUCGAGAAGAAGAAGAUGAAGAAGGGGGUGUUAAGGAGCUCGAGAAGCUCGUCCUCGUCGUCACUGUCGUCGGCUUCGUCGGGAUGUAGCUCUGUCAUGGAAUGGGCAAGUAUGGAAGAGAAUGAGCUCAAGGGUCCUUCUGGUUUUUCUUUGCUAGUUUAUGCUUGGAAGAGUUGAAGAUGAUACAUACACGCACUGGUAGUAUAAUUGUUUGUUUCACUCACUAACCCCAUUUGUUCGUGAACAUACAAAGAAUAAAUAAAUUUGUGGCAUAUAAGAGAAAGAUAUAUGGAUAAUAGGAUAUAUAUAUAUAUAUAUAUAGGUCUAACAACUCUUGUUUUCAUUUUUCUAGUGAAAGAUCUUUGUGUUGAUUGUAAUCAAAGAUGUUAGCAAAAUUUUAGUAAUUUUGAUUUUCCA